CAAUGAUUCUUUUGAGAAUCGGAGACCUCACUCACUGUUGAGUUUCCCAGCUGACAGGUUAACCACGCGGUCAGAGACUUGACAAUGGAUAUCGAUGAAGAUAUAGGUAUGUACAUGCAUUUAAAUGAUUGAUUGUUGUUGGGUGAUCAGCAUUUAGAAACGUUUUGAAUGAGUUUUGAUCUUUUAGCGCGUUUGACAAUUCCAACAAAUUAUUCUUAAGCAUUUUACAGUGUUUGUUUACUAAUCAAGAAAUGCAUGUGGACGUUGUAUAGGUGAUUCUUCACCAUCAGAGACUCCAGCCACUAAAAUGUCCAGACAACAGAUAUUAACACUUAUUGCAAUGGCCUCCAUAAACUUCAGUUCAAUGAUCUGUUAUUCCAUUCUGGGACCAUUUUUCCCAAAUGAGGCAAAGAAGAAAGGUGUCAGUCAAGCUAUGAUUGGUUUAAUAUUCGGAAUCUAUGCAUUAUGUACUUUAGUGGGCUCAUUGUUACUCGGUAAAUAUAUUGUCCAGAUAGGAGCCAAGUUUAUGAUCGUGGCAGGGUUGUUCGUAUCGAGUGGAUCCACUGUUCUCUUCGGGUUUCUUGACCGAGUGUCUGAUGGGACGGUUUUCAUCGUGCUCUGUUUUAUCACACGGUGCAUAAAUGCAAUUGGCUUUUCUGCCGCCGUUACAUCGUCUUUUGCAGUUUUAGCAAAAGUUUUCCCCGACAACAUAGCGACUGUUUUGGGCUUCAUGGAGAUUUUUACAGGUCUUGGGCUGAUAUUGGGGCCUCCAUUGGGCGGCUGGCUCUAUCAGUCAUUUGGAUACGAAAUCCCAUUCGUUUUCACCGGAUGUCUUCUGUUUGUGACAGUGCCUCUCAAUUUGUGGAUUUUACCAAGCUUUGACGCUGUUCCUUCUUCCCAGAAUUCCUUCCUCAGAUUAUGUACCAGACUAAAGAUCCUUCUCAUCUGCUUCGUGGUGUUCACUUUGAGUUCAGGACUUGGCUUCCUGGAUGCAACACUGUCCAUAUUUGCCAUAGAAAAGCUUAAUCUCAGUGCCGGUUCAGUGGGGCUGCUCAUGAUUGGUCUGUCACUGCCGUAUGGGGCGGCAUCACCCGUCUUCGGUGUGAUCAGUGAUAAAUAUCCUUCGAUUAGGAAAUGGAUGAUGGUGAUUGGAGGAAUGGCCACAGCGGUGAGCUUUUGUUUCCUCGGCCCACUUCCUGUUUUCCAUAUUAGGAGUCAGCUCUGGCUGACCGUCCUCAUGCUGAUCGUGGUGGGCUUCUCUCUCUGUAUGACCUGUAUCCCCACCUUUGCUGAGAUGAUCGCUUGUGCACAUGAAAAUGGCUUUGAGGAGGGCUUGAGUACGCUGGGAUUGGUGUCAGGCUUGUUCUCAGCAGUAUGGUCUGCUGGGAUGUUCUUUGGGCCGACUUUUGGAGGAUACAUCACACAAGCACUCGACUUCGAAUGGAGCGCAGGAGUUCAAGGUGCACUCACCUUUCUCGCUGCCUUACUACAAGUCAUAUAUAUCACAAUAGAGGACAUACAAAAGAAGUCACAAAAGGCUAGCACAUCAUUAUUGCAAGGAGAAAAAUCCCCUCUUCUCCCCAAGACAGAUCCUCUCAGGGUUGAUGUCAGCUGAAAUAAGCCACUGCAAGCUUUUUAAUGGGAGAACAAUGUAAUCAUAUUGCUGAUGAAUACUGGUGAUGUGGGAUAUGAUUGACAGAUGACAAAUGAAAAACGCGGAGGAGGUCAGUUUACAGUUUUCCUCAGUCGCUUUGGUACAUUUCUCGAAAUCAAACUCACAAUUUGUAAAACAGUAAGUGCAUUUCUCAAAACAAUUUGUAAAAACAUCAAAACACCUUGCAACCUGCAAAAGCCACUCUCUUACUCAAAAUCCUUAGUUCAUCUCUCAAAAGUAAAUAUCUUUGUCAAUGAAU